GAACCCCAAGUAUACACAUAUAAAACCUUGUGUUUGCUUAUAUUUUGCAGGCUACAUUUAGGUAGGAUAUUACACAGAAGACUGAAAAUAUGAUUUAUAUACUAAGAAUGUGCAUAUUUUGUAGCUUGAGUCGAUUUUUAAUUGCUCUCUCAUUGCUGUCAGACCAAACAAAUGGAAGCUUGUCCAGAACUUUCGUGACUGAUGGUGAUUCUAAAGAUUCAGACACUUUCCGUCACCUUCUUAAUCAAGAGAGCAUAAUCCGGAUGUCUUUAACGAAUACUGUACAAACCCUGACGAGUAAUUUUCAGUCCCUGAUGAAAGACGUGUUGACAUUAAAGGAAACCACGGGAUCCGGAAUUUCUCAGCUGGAGGCAGAAUUAAAGCAUCUCAAAACAGAAAACCAACGACUUGAUUCUGAGUUACAGAGGACCAAGGCAAAGGAAGGAAACUUAUCUUCCUUAAUUGCCUCUAUUCAGGGAUCAUUGACAAAUGUUUCAAGUCUCGUUAAUAAAUCAAAGAAGGUAGGUUUCUCCGCUUCGAUGUCAUCUAGCAGCUCAUCAUGGAACAGUGGAACCUUGGUAUUUCCUUCUGUCAUCACAAAUGAAGGAAAUGGAUACAACCCGAGUAAUGGAAUAUUUACAGCUCCUACCGCCGGGAUGUAUGUCUUCUUCGUGAAUGUUCAGAGCAAUAAUAAGCAAACAAUUUUUGUAGACAUUGUGUUGAAUGGAUCAACUAAGGUCAGAACUAUGGCUUAUAGUUACAGUAAUGAUGAUUAUUACGACGCGGGUCCUAAUCUGGUGGUUCUAACUAUUCAGAAGGGUGACGCAGUGUGGGUCAAAUAUUACUCUGGAAAAGGUUAUUAUACUGAUGGCCCACUUACCACUUUCUCCGGUUUUCUCGUAUAAAAUUGUACAUAACAUGUUCAAUGUGUCUGCGAUGAAGACUAUAUACAUAUGAAAAUUGCAUAUUUACAUAUACAUGACUAAUCUUUUCAUUCCUUUGCUUCAAUAGGUUAUGUUUCAGCAUAAAUGAUAAACAGCAUACCAACGUCAUUUGAUUCUUUGAUUCAUUUAUUUUUUAUGCAUCAUGUAAUCUUUAGAUAAACAUUAGAGAGGACAGCAAUUGUUGAAUGUAUCUUUUGCUACAA